GCAUCUGGAGUCCUGAGGACUCCGUUGCCCCCUCCCCCAUCUUUGCUGCAAACUCUUCCAUCAGACCCGCUGUUCUGAGGCAUGCUUGCUUUGCUCUGAAAACAGGCCAGGGGUCAGACGAAACUUCAAGCCACACAGAGUAGGACAGAACCCUUGGGAGGUCAUUUGGGUCCCUUGCCUCCAUGCAGAUCCUACUCCCCGUUAGCAAAAGAGUUUUGUGUUUUGAAAACUUCCUAAUUGCCUGGGGAGGCUGUGUGAGGCCAUGCAAAGAGGGUGUGCUUUGGAGCUCAUCAAAUCCUAGGUCUUAAUCCUAGCUCUGCUGCUUUCUGUUGUGUGGCCUUGGGCAAGUCACUUAACCUUCCUGAGUUUGUAUCCUCAAUCCUUACAGGUUUUAUGAAGAUUAGAGGUAAGGUAUUUGAACAUAUUAUAUGCUCAUUAAAGGAGAACUAGGGUAAUUAUUCUUCCUCUCUUUACUUCAUAGCUUCCCUCACAUUUCCUGCCCUGGCCUCCCUCCCAUAUCUCUUGGGGUCUAAUCUCAAAUGUCUUUUCCCCUCUCAGUCUCCUACCCACCAACUCCCAGAUGCACUUGGAGUAUCAGGAGCAGUGUGAGGAUGUUCCAGGCAGAGGGUGGUUACGUGCUCUACCCUCAGAUCGGGGACCGGCUAGACCUGCUCUGCCCCCGGGCCCGGCCUCCUGGCCCCCACUCCUCUCCUAAUUACGAGUUCUACAAGCUGUAUCUGGUAGGGGGUGCCCAGGGCCGGCGCUGCGAGGCACCCCCUGCCCCAAACCUCCUUCUCACUUGUGACCGGCCAGAUCUGGAUCUCCGCUUCACCAUCAAGUUCCAGGAGUAUAGCCCUAACCUCUGGGGCCACGAGUUCCGCUCACACCACGAUUACUACAUAAUUGCCACAUCGGAUGGAACCCGGGAAGGCCUGGAGAGCUUGCAGGGAGGUGUGUGCCUCACUAGAGGCAUGAAGGUGCUUCUUCGAGUGGGACAAAGUCCCCGAGGAGGGGCUGCCCCCCGAAAGCCUGUGUCUGAAAUGCCCAUGGAAAAAGACCGAGGGGUGGCCCACAGCCUGGAGCCUGGGAAGGAGAACACAGCAGGUGACCCCACCAGCAAUGCAACCUCCCGGGGUGCUGAAGGCCCCCUGCCCCCUCCCAGCAUGCCCGCAGUGGCUGGGGCAGCAGGGGGGCUGGCGCUGCUCUUGCUGGGCGUGGCAGGGGCUGGGGGUGCCAUGUGUUGGCGGAGACGGCGGGCCAAGCCUUCGGAGAGUCGCCACCCUGGUCCUGGCUCCUUCGGGAGGGGAGGGUCUCUGGGCCUGGGGGGUGGAGGCGGGAUGGGACCUAGGGAGGCUGAGCCUGGGGAGCUAGGGAUAGCUCUGCGGGGCAGUGGGGCUGCAGACCCCCCCUUCUGUCCCCACUAUGAAAAGGUGAGUGGUGACUAUGGGCAUCCUGUGUACAUCGUGCAGGAUGGGCCCCCCCAGAGCCCUCCAAACAUCUACUACAAGGUAUGAGGGCUCCUCCGACCUGGCUCUCCUGGAUCCAGCCCUUUGUGGGGUGCUCCUCCAGUUUAAUUCAUGGUUUGAGGGACACCUCUAGCAUCUCCUUGGCCCCCUUUGCCCCCCAGCUCCUUUGCUCCUCCUGGCUCUCGCCUCUUCUCCACUUUUAGGAUUCCCUAAGACAUCCACCCAACGACCGCCUGCCCUCUGGUUGGCUGUGUGUGCCCCUCUCUGUCUCUGUGUUCCUGGGUCCUAUUCCCCUGGGGAGGGGGCAAAGAUUCAGCCUCUUCGUCUAACCAUGACCCAGGGAUCCUUGUCCGCCUCACCCACUGAGAGCUAGGGGUGGGAACAGUCUGUCUUUUGGUCGGCACCUCUUUCUGCCUCUCACUGUUUUUCUCUUCUUUUCUCCUCUCUCUCUUAUUUUCUGUCUCUCUCUUCUGUCUCUAGGUCUGUUCCUCUUCCCUAGCAUCCUCCUCCCUGUACCUCCUUUUAUUUACCCUCUUGGCUUCUUAUCCUGUACCUCUCCCAUCUCCAGGGUGGGGGCAUCAAAGCAUUUCUCCCCUCAGCUCCCUCUUCUGACUUCUCUUACCAACCACUCCCCUCAGUCUGCCAAAAAUGGGGGCCUUAUGGGGAAGGCUCUGGCACUCCACCCCAGCUCAGGGCAUGGGUAGCAGGGCCUCCUCCUCUGCCCUGCCCCGGGCCUCUACAUACUUACUCCAGCCAUUUGGGAUGGUUGGGUCAUGACAGCUACCAUGAGAAGUGUCCCGUUUUGUCCAGUGGGCCAAUAGCAAGCUAUGAACCAGUCAGGACACAUGUGGACUUGGUCUGAUGCUGAAUGGGCCACUUGGGACAGGAAGUGACUUGCUCCAGACAAGAAGUAACCAGGCCUGGACAGAAGUGGCCUGGGAAGUGGAAGCAGUGCAGCAGGAACUGGAAGUGCCUUCAUCCAGGACAGGAAGUAGCACUUCUGAAAUAGGAAGUGGUCUGGCUGGAACCGGAAGUGGCUUAGUCUGGGGGGUGGGGGGGAGGUGGAUGGUUCUUACUCUGUGGAGAAGGGCGGGCAGGAAGAACUUCCCAUUUCAGGAGGAAGCUGGAACUUACUCUAAGAAGAUCGGGUGGACUGAGGUUCUUCCUAGUAUUCAGUGUCACGUGCCAGGAUCUCCCUUCCCUUGUUCUCUGUGCUGCUUUUAGGACAGCUAAGGUGGCUGCCAUCUGCCAUGGCAGGCUCAAUUUGUCUUGUUCUUCCCUUUCCAUAUCCCAGUAUAAUCUCUGUUACUCAACAGGAUGACCCCAAGAACCCACGUGUUGUCCCCAGUAACCUGGAUGGCUGUCUUGUUCAUCACAUUCUCCAUUUCCUACUCCCUUCAAACUCAACACAGCUCCCUUCUUAGUGACCAAAAUGGUGGCCUACUGACUGGUCUAGCUGACAGUGGUCCUUAGCAACAGCCAGUCUUUCCAUAGUGACCAGCUGAUACCUCUUCCUGCCCACUAGUGCACAAUUGGGUGUUGCCUCAGUUUCCUCCCAGCUCAUUUCCUUUAGGUCAGAGCUGCCUUUGGGCACCACGUCGGCCACCUCAAUCACCAGCCAAGAUGGUUGCUUUGUCCACCAGAGGUCAAGCUAUCUCUCUGGUGCUGUAGUUCCCAGCUCCUUCUUGAUUUUUCUAAUCACUCCUUCCAGAGAACAGGAAGUUGAUAUUGCCAUGGGGGAGGUGGCGGGGUAUGGCCGUCACCUCAAUAGUUUUACUGUAAAAGGGAAAUUUGAACAACA